CUGAAGGUGCGCCACUCUCUGUUCAGUCUUCACGGGCAGUCCUGUUACGCACGGAUCCGGCUUUUAGAAGAGGAGAUACUCGCGUUAAAGGAGAGAGCAGUAGGAAAGUCAGACAGUUUCUUUCGCUUUACUUUAAAACCUUGUGCAUAAAAAAGACCAUGUCAGUACUGAGCGCAGUGCCGUUCAUGAGGCCGCUCCAUAUGCGCUCUCCGGCGUCGCAGGGCCGCCGCCACACGCUGCCGGCCAGCGAGUUUCGCUCCCUCAGCCCGGAGGAUGCCAUCAGUGUGUUCGAGAUUGAGAGAGAAGCCUUCAUCUCAGUGUCCGGUGAGUGUCCUCUCCACCUGGACGAGGUGCGUCACUUCCUGACCCUGUGCCCUGAGCUGUCUCUUGGCUGGUUCGAGGAGGGACGUCUGGUGGCUUUCAUCAUCGGCUCACUGUGGGACCAGGAGAGGCUUACCACGGAUGCCCUCACUCUCCAUAAGCCUCACGGGAGCACCGUCCACAUCCACGUCCUAGCUGUCCACCGGACCUUCCGCCAGCAGGGCAAAGGCUCAAUCCUGAUGUGGCGCUACCUGCAGUACCUCCGCUGUCUGCCCUACGUCCGCCGCGCCGUGCUCAUGUGUGAAGAUUUCCUGGUUCCCUUCUACCGGAAGUCAGGUUUCAAAGUGCGGGGCCCCAGUGAGAUCACGGUGGGGCCCCUCGCCUUCAUCGAGAUGUUGUACCCAGUCAGGGGCCACGCCUUCAUGCGUCGUAACAGUGGUUGUUGAGGACAGAGGGAUUUAAUGUGGAUUUCCCCUGGCUAUCAGUGGUGGUGGGACCACUCCCCUCUUGGAAAAAGAAUUAGGGGACGUCUGAGCAGCUAUAUCGUA